UCACUAUAGGAAAAAGACUUUUAUUUUGGAGCAGUCAUUCAUGCUUUAGCUGGUGUUGGAGCAGCGCUCUCGCCGUGUUUCCCCGCAGCUCUGCUAUACUAUUAGAGGUGGAGAUGUCUCACACAAUUCUGCUGGUUCAGCCUACAAAAAGGCCAGAGGGAAGAACUUAUGCUGAUUAUGAGUCUGUGAAUGAGUGCAUGGAGGGGGUGUGUAAAAUGUACGAGGAGCAUCUAAAAAGAAUGAAUCCCAACAGCCCCUCCAUCACCUAUGAUAUCAGCCAACUGUUUGAUUUUGUGGAUGACCUCGCUGACCUCAGCUGUCUGGUGUACCGGGCAGACACACAGACAUACCAGCCCUACAAUAAAGACUGGAUCAAGGAGAAGAUCUAUGUCUUGCUGAGACGCCAGGCUCAACAAGCAGGGAAAUAGAAGAUGAAGGGACAUUUCACAUUGGCUGCAGCAAAUCGUCUGUCAUUUGUUACCUUAAUGAGAAUUACACUGCAUUAUUGGGCAAUGUAAACAAAACCCAGGUGGGUUUCCUAAAAGUACUGUAGGGUUAAGACCUUUUUAUCUGUUACUAGGAAACUGAUUCAGUUAAAACUUGCAGGUCUUUGCCACAGUGUUUUUGGGAAACUCAGUGUUCUUAUGUUGAUAUUAUGUUGAUAACAUUUGUGUACUCUUAAUGCCAAGAAAGAUUUACCAUCAGAAUACCUUUAUCUGGCUCUAGAGUGCUUGGGGUGGGUGGGGGCAUGGGCAGUUGGACCCAUUGCAGUGGGGUUUAUUAACUGGACAGGAGGGUUCAAUUUGAAGGAUUUUUUUUAAAGAUAUAUAUUUUGUAUCAUCCUCCCUCAAACUUUUUUAAAUAUAAUUUCAAAAGUUGUUUUCUGUGAUUCUCCAGUAGUUUACACUGAAUCUGCAUUCUGUAUAACGAUUCUAAAGCUGUCCAUGCUUGCCGCUUAAUAAACUUGUUUGGAGUGGUUUUAGUUUGGUUCUUUUCUCCUUUGUCCCUAAAGCAGUAGACGUGGUACACAAAUUUUAUAUGGUUACAAUAGGACCCACCAAUCUGAGCCACUAAAACAACUGACUGAUGUGUUUUUCAUUGUGUGGGAGAUUUUUCCUUGGUUGCCUUUGCAUCCCUUUUUAGAACCGGUUUGUGUGUGCUUCCCUUUUUCCACAGUUUAUAUAAAGGUGAAUUUACAUUGUUACAGAGAUGUUUGUGUUAAACGAAAGCAUAUUGUGUGAAAGAUGUACGUUUAGACUUAAUAAUUUUCUGUUUUUGUUAACUGCUUGGAAUGUUUUUUUUUCCCUUUUUUUAAAUCCAAUUUGGCUGUUAAUGACUGUAACUUUUUAAGUGGCUCACCAUUGUUUAUUUUGUCAUUUACUAUAAUAAACAGUUAAAAUAACAAA